AUGAGAAUUUUCUUGACUUUGGCACUGGUUAUGGUAGUUUUGGUAGCGGUUACCGAAUCCGCAAAACGAUGCUAUUCGGGAUCAAAAGAUCGGUAUGAGUCACGUCAGUGUGAUACGGGAACAGCCGGUAACUUUGUGUGCCAGAAAUUCACUUGUGAAGGUGGAAAAUCUCCAUUCGUUCUUCGCACAUGUGCCAACAAGAGAACAGGAUGUCUGGCUGGUCCGGCGAUUUGCAAAUUCUCCAAAGGAACUGGAAGUUGCUCCAGAUGCGAGGGAGACAAUUGCAAUUCAUAG